AACAAAAGCGCCAGCGGAGUCAGGUGCAGGCACUCAGGGAGCAUGGGGUGUUUUGAAUAAUUAUUAAAAUUAGCAUGUGUCUGCGCCAUCCUGUGGGUGUGGCGCAGAGCGGAGUGUAAACUCCAGCGGGCUGGAGCAAACAUUGGAUUAGCGGCAGCAGCCUGUCAGCCUGCCGGAGGAGCGCGAGGAGCAGCGCGCUGCACGCCGCCCGCCACCCUCCACCCGCCACGAUGGCUUCGUCCCAGGGGAGAAACGAGCUCAAAUUCGCCGACUGGAUGGCAACUCUCCCGGAGAGCAUUCACAGCAUCCCCCUCACCAAUUUAGCCAUCCCAGGUUCUCAUGAUUCCUUCAGCUUCUACAUUGAUGAAGCCUCUCCUGUGGGUCCUGAGCAGCCAGAAACUGUCCAGAAUUUUGUUUCUGUGUUUGGGACUGUGGCCAAAAAAUUGAUGAGGAAAUGGUUAGCCACUCAGACAAUGAACUUUACUGGUCAGCUAGGAGCUGGUAUCCGUUAUUUUGAUCUUCGAAUUUCCACCAAGCCCAGGGAUCCUGAUAAUGAACUCUAUUUUGCUCAUGGCUUGUUCAGUGCCAAAGUCAAUGAAGGCCUUGAGGAGAUCAAUGCAUUCCUCACAGAUCACCACAAGGAAGUGGUGUUCUUGGACUUCAACCAUUUUUAUGGGAUGCAGAAAUAUCACCAUGAAAAACUGGUCCAAAUGCUGAAAGACAUCUAUGGCAACAAAAUGUGCCCAGCUAUUUUCGCCCAGGAAGUUAGUUUGAAGUACCUGUGGGAGAAGGACUAUCAGGUGUUGGUUUUCUACCACAGUCCAGUGGCCCUGGAAGUCCCCUUCCUAUGGCCUGGGCAGAUGAUGCCAGCACCCUGGGCCAACACCACAGACCCUGAAAAGCUGAUCCAGUUUCUUCAGGCAUCCAUCACUGAGAGAAGAAAGAAGGGCUCAUUUUUUAUAUCUCAGGUGGUGCUGACCCCCAAAGCUAGCACUGUGGUCAAAGGUGUGGCAAGUGGACUCAGAGAGACAAUCACAGAACGAGCUCUCCCAGCCAUGAUGCACUGGGUUCGCACACAGAAGCCCGGAGAGAGUGGCAUCAAUAUUGUCACUGCUGAUUUUGUCGAACUGGGGGAUUUCAUCAGCACUGUCAUAAAGCUCAACUACGUCUUUGAUGAAGGAGAAGCCAACACUUGAUAAUACUGUUUGGAGUGCCCAUGAGUAAGACAGACAAGACUUAUUGUAUUACUGUUACCUGUAAACGCUAUGACCUGCCCAUUCCACUGAGUCUCUGAAGGGAUUAGGGCUACUAGUGGGUGGGAAAAGGGAGAAAACCAUUUCUUCAGUGCUUAUUGCCAUACUCUGCGUUGCUAAAGAUAUUUCAUUCCCCAUGUGAUGAGAACAAUCUAUUUCUCAUU